AUGGCAACGCAAUCAGAGGAAACUCAACCACAACGUUUUGCACAAUUUAAAUUAGUACUUUUAGGAGAAAGUGCAGUAGGUAAAUCAUCAAUUGUACAUAGAUUUGUUAAAAAUACUUUUGAUGAUUUAAGAGAAUCAACAAUUGGUGCAGCAUUUUUAACACAAUCUAUAACAAUACCUGAAUCACAAACAACUAUAAAAUUUGAAAUAUGGGAUACAGCUGGACAAGAACGUUAUAAAUCUUUAGCUCCAAUGUAUUAUAGAAAUGCAAAUGCUGCAUUAUGUGUAUAUGAUAUAACAAGUUCCAAUUCUUUUAAAAAAGCACAAGAUUGGAUUAAAGAAUUAAAAAAACAAGCACCAGAAGGUAUUAUUAUAGCAUUAGUUGGUAAUAAAUCAGAUUUAGAAGAAAAUAGAGAAGUAUCACAACAAGAAGUUGAAGAUUAUGUAAAUGAAUUAAAAAAUGAUGGGUUUAAAAUUAAUCAACUGGAAUGUUCAGCAAAAAAUGGAGAAGGUAUAAUUGAAAUAUUUGAUAAAAUUGGAAGAGAAUUACCUGUUGAUGAAGUAAUAGAAGCUAAUAAUAAUAGAUCUAAAAUUGGAGGAAAUGGUGGUAGAAGACCUGUAGGUGUUGAUUUAAAUAGACCAAGAGGUCAACAAAUUCAAUCUAAUUCAUGUUGUUGA